UUAUGGCGUGCCCGUGGCAGGGGGCUAUAGCUCUCUGCCGAACAUUUGUGUCGCCUUCUCCAUCGUCUCAAGUCCACUAGUGAAGCGAGAAGUUGUAAAAGUUGUCAGAGUAUAAAUUUGAGAUGUUACCGAACGGACUACACAUAUUGUGAGACGCUUUGCCAAUAUUGAAACCAGGACUGUCACUGGAAAGCUUUGGCCAUGUCUCUGCUAUGUGUUCGAGUGAAAAAAGCCAAACUCCACGGAUCCUCAGAUAAGUACAACUCCUACGUGACGCUGAAGGUGCAGAAUGUCAAGAGCACCACCAUCACGGUGCGAGGAGACAAGCCCUGCUGGGAGCAGGACUUCAUGUUUGAGAUCAACAACUUGGACCUGGGGCUCGUCGUGGAGGUGUGGAACAAGGGCCUCAUCUGGGACACCAUGCUGGGGACCACCUGGAUGCCCCUCAAGCACAUCCACCAUUCAGAGGAGGAGGGCUCGGGGGAGUGGACCGCGCUGGACGCCGAGGUUCUGAUGAAGGCAGACGAGAUCUACGGCACCAAGAACCAGACGCCCCACCAUCUCCUGCUGGACACGCGCUUCGAGCUGCCUUUCGACAUCCCAGAGGAUGAGGCUCAGUAUUGGACCCGCAAGCUGGAUCACAUCAACACCAUGGGGAUCCACGACGAGGACGAGGUCCAUGGUCGCCCUCUUCCGUUUGCUCCCUCCCAGUGCUCCCUGACAGAUGACCUGGAUGACAGGGACAGCGAUUACCGCAGUGAGACCAGUAACAGCCUGCCCCCUCGUUACCACACCACCGCCCAGCCCAACUCCUCCGUGCACCAGUACCCCCUGGGCCCCGGCCCUCGGAGCCACGCAGACUCUUGCGCUGACUCCAUGCACAGCUUCGACAUGGGGGAGCAUCGAGGGAACAGUCCGGUGGAAAGUAGUCGCUUCGGGUCAUCGGGAAACCUCAGCCAGAUCAGCUCUCAGCUUAGCGAGACGGGUCAGGAGAGCGCAGGAGGCUCGGAGCUGGAACAGUCUUUCCAUUCCUAUCACAGCUCUGGGUUGCGCUCCUCCGCCAACGGGCAGCCUCCUACCAAUGGACACCUGCCCAGCAACGGUCAUUCAGCUCUUGGGAAGGAAGAAAUGCGCAAAGCCUCUCCGGAAAUGGGCAAGGGCUUGAAUGGUUCCAUGAAGAAGGAAACCCUGGUCGAGAAAAAGUCCAACAAACUACUACAGAGGUUUGAAGAGGGUGGAUCUCCAUUGCCCUUCUCCCCGUCUCGAGUACGCUGGCUGAAGGCCAUCAAUAAAGUCAGGGUUCAGCUCCGGGAGGUUCGUGAUGAAGGACCCAACGCCAGACAAGCCUGGGUCAAACCGGGCGGAGGAAGCGGGAUGUUCGGGAUCGACAGCAUGCCGGACCUACGCAAGAGGAAGCCCAUCCCCCUGGUCAGCGAAGUGUCUCUGGUCCAGGCCAGGAAGGCCGGCAUCAGUUCCGCCAUGGCUGCUCGCUCCUCCAUCAAGGACGAAGAACUGAAGAACCACGUCUACAAGAAAACCCUGCAGGCUCUCAUCUACCCCAUCUCCUGCACCACGCCCCACAACUUCGAGGUGUGGACAGCCACCACGCCCACCUACUGCUAUGAGUGCGAGGGCCUGCUGUGGGGCAUCGCCCGCCAGGGCAUGCGCUGCUCCGAGUGCGGGGUCAAAUGUCACGAGAAGUGCCAGGAGCUGCUCAACGCCGACUGCCUGCAGCGUGCUGCGGAGAAGAGCUCAAAGCAUGGGGCUGAGGAUCGGACCCAGAACAUCAUCAUGGCCAUGAAGGACCGGAUGAAGAUCAGGGAGAGGAACAAGCCGGAGAUCUUCGACGUCAUCCGAGACGUGUUCGUCAUCAGUAAGGCCAUCCAUGCCCAGCAGAUGAAAACCAUCAAGCAAAGUGUGCUGGACGGGACCUCCAAGUGGUCUGCUAAGAUCACCAUAACAGUGCUGUGUGCCCAGGGGCUCCAGGCCAAGGACAAGACGGGCUCCAGUGACCCCUACGUCACCGUCCAGGUGGGCAAGACCAAACGCAGGACCAAGACCAUCUACGGAAACCUCAACCCCGUCUGGGAGGAGAAGUUCCACUUUGAGUGUCACAACUCUUCGGACCGCAUCAAGGUGCGUGUCUGGGACGAGGACGACGACAUCAAGUCCCGCGUGAAGCAGCGUCUGAAGAGGGAGUCCGAUGACUUCCUGGGCCAGAGCAUCAUCGAGGUGCGCACGCUCAGCGGAGAGAUGGACGUCUGGUACAACCUGGAGAAAAGGACAGACAAGUCUGCUGUUUCCGGAGCCAUCCGUCUGCAGAUCAGUGUGGAGAUCAAGGGAGAGGAGAAGGUGGCCCCUUACCAUGUCCAGUACACCUGUCUGCAUGAGGUAAACACCUGUAACCAUCUCCUGUACACCUGCAUGCAUGAGGUAAACACCUGUAACCAUCUCCUGUACACCUGCCUGCAUGAGAAUCUGUUCCACCACUCGACGGACGUGCUGGGCAUGGUGAGGAUCCCAGAGGCCAAGGGGGACGAAGCCUGGAAGGUCUACUUCGACGAGGUGGCCCAGGAGAUCGUGGACGAGUUUGCCAUGCGCUAUGGCAUCGAGUCGAUCUACCAGGCCAUGACGCAUUUCGCCUGCCUGUCGUCAAAGUACAUGUGUCCCAGCGUGCCCGCUGUGAUGAGCACCCUGCUGGCCAACAUCAACGCUUUCUACGCCCACACCACCGCCUCCACCAACGUCUCCGCCUCCGACCGCUUCGCCGCCACCAACUUCGGGAAAGAGCGCUUCGUCAAGCUUCUGGAUCAACUGCACAACUCGCUGCGCAUUGACCUGUCUACGUACAGGAACAACUUCCCUGCCAGCAAUAAGGAACGUCUUCAGGACCUCAAGUCCACUGUGGACCUCCUGACCAGCAUCACCUUCUUCAGGAUGAAGGUUCAGGAACUGCAGUCCCCUCCUCGGGCCAGUCAGGUGGUGAGGGACUGCGUCAAGGCCUGCCUCAACUCCACCUACGACUACAUCUUCAACAACUGCCAGGAGCUGUACAGCCGCCAGUACCAACCGCUGGACUCUAACAAGGAGGAAGUUCCUCUGGAGGAGCAGGGCCCCAGCAUCAAGAACCUGGACUUCUGGCCCAAGCUCAUCACCCUCAUCGUCUCCAUCAUCGACGAGGACAGGAACUCCUACACACCUGUCCUCAACCAGUUUCCCCAGGAGCUGAACGUGGGGAAGGUGUGUGCCGAGGUGAUGUGGACGCUGUUCGCCCAGGACAUGAAGUACGCCAUGGAGGUCAUGGAUAACGUUGACCACUACCAAUGGCUCCAGGCCCCCUCCACGUUCAGCCGGCGUGGGCAGACCUUCUACGCCGAGCAUGAGAAGCAGCGUCUGUGUAAGAGCGCCGACUAUAUGAACCUGCACUUCAAGGUCAAGUGGCUCUACAACGAGUACGUGAAAGACCUGCCCAGCUUCAAAGGAGUCAUCCCAGACUACCCAUCGUGGUUCCUCCAGUUCGUGCUGCAGUGGCUGGACGAGAACGAGGAUGUGUCCAUGGAGUUCAUGCAUGGAGCCCUGGAGAGAGACAAGAAGGAUGGAUUCCAGCAGACGUCGGAGCACGCUCUGUUCUCCUGCUCCGUGGUGGACGUGUUCACACAGCUCAACCAGAGCUUCGAGAUCAUCAAGAAGCUGGACUGCCCCGACCCCAAGGUCAUGGCUCACUACAGCCGCCGCUUCGCCAAGACUAUUGCCAAAGUUCUUCUGCAGUACAGUGCCAUUCUCACCAAGAGCUUCCCUGCCUACUGUGACAAAGAGAAGAUGCCCUGUGUUUUGAUGAACAACGUGCAGCAGUUGAGGAUCCAGCUGGAGAAGAUGUUUGAGUCCAUGGGUGCCAAACAGCUGGACUCCGAGGCUAGCGACCUCCUGAACGAGCUGCAGGUCAAACUGAACACUGUGCUGGAGGAGCUGAGCAGCACGUUUGGAAACAGUUUUCAGAGUCGUAUUGAUGACUGCAUGAGGCAAAUGGCCUCCCUGCUGUACCAGAUUAAAGGGCCCGUCAACGCCAGCGGGCACAACGCGGUGGAGGCCGACGCCGACAACAUGCUGCGGCCUCUCAUGGAGUUCCUGGACGGGAAGCUGAUGCUGUUCGCCACGGCGUGCGAGAAGACGGUCCUGAAGAGGGUGCUGAAGGAGCUGUGGAGGAUCGUGAUGAACAGCCUGGAGAAGACCAUUGUCCUGCCCAAGGGCAACGACACCUUCGGUGCUCAGUUCCUGUCUGCUGCCAAGGAGCUGGGCCAGCUCUCCAAACUCAAGGAUCACAUGGCAGGAGAGGCCAAAAGCCUGAGCCCCAAGCAGUGUGCUGUAAUGGACGUGGCUCUGGACACCAUCAAGCAAUACUUCCACGCCGGAGGGAACGGGCUGAAGAAGACCUUCCUGGAGAAGAGUCCGGCGCUGUCCUCCCUGCGCCACGCCCUGUCCCUCUACACCCAGACCACCGACACGCUCAUCAAGACCUUCGUCACCACGCAACACGCUCAGGGCUCAGGAAUCGACAAGACCAUAGGAGAGGUGUCCAUACAGAUCGACCUGUUCACCCACCCUAGCACUGGAGAACACAAGGUCACGGUCAAAGUGGUGGAGGCCAACGACCUGAAGUGGCAGACGUCUGGAAUGUUCCGACCCUUCUGUGAGGUCACAAUGAUCGGACCGCAUCUCAGCGACAAGAAACGCAAGUUCACCACCAAGUCCAAGAACAACAGCUGGGCGCCCAAGUUCAACGAGACCUUCCACUUUAUCCUCGGCAACCAGGACGGCUUCGACUGCUACGAGCUGCAGGUCUGCGUGAAGGACUACUGCUUCGGCCGCGCCGACCGCGUGGUGGGCGCGGCCGUGAUGCAGCUCCGCGCCGUCGCCGACAAGGGCGGCUCGGCGUGCUGGCUCCCGCUGGGCCCCCGCAUCGCCAUGGACGACACCGGCCUCACCGCCUUGCGGAUCCUCUCCCAACGCUCCAACGACGAGGUCGCCAAGGAGUUCGUACGCCUCAAGUCGGAGGCGCGCUCAGCCGAGGAGGGGAGAUGAGGCCCGGGUGGAGGAGGAGGAGGAGGAGGAUGGUGGUGCAUGAUGGGUACGGUCUGAAGACUAGAGGGGAGGUCGGGAGAGGUCGGGAGAGGUCGGGAGAGGUCGGGAGAGGUCGGGAGAGGUCGGGAGAGGUCGGCAGAGGUCGGCAGAGGUCGGCAGAGGUCGGGAGAGGUCGGGAGAGGUCGGGAGAGGUCGGGAGAGGUCGGGAGAGGUCGGGAGAGGUCGGGAGAGGUCGGGAGAGGUCGGCAGAGGUCGGCAGAGGUCGGCAGAGGUCGCCGCAUGACAGACUUGUGUCCUUGCUUGGCUGGCGAAGCGAAGCUCGGGACUGUGGAUGUUUCUAGACUGUCGAGCGACAUGUCUCACCAGCACACACACACACACACGCACGCAGAAGCCUGGGUGGUCUGUCACAACACACUACUCACACACUCUCAUCCUUCUCACCUUCGAUCGUAGACUUGCGAUUUUCUCGAUACCCACUCACUCACUCACAAUCACUCACUCACCCCAGUCACCUAAUCAACCAAUCACAAUCACUUACUCACCCCAGUCACCUAAUCAACCAAUCACAAUCACUUACUCACCCCAGUCACCUAAUCAACCAAUCACAAUCACUUACUCACCCCAGUCACCUAAUCAACCAAUCACAAUCACUUACUCACCCCAGUCACCUAAUCAACCAAUCACAAUCACCUACUCACUCGGUGGUGAGUGACACCUUUCCUGCCCCCCCUCCCCGGUGCUGAGGAUCCAGGAUAUGUAGGUGAUCCAGGGUCCUACUCCCCUCCCUCCUCCAGUGUUGAUGUGCAAUAUCCAGACUCUGGCCGUGUUGAAUGCCCUUACACUCUGGAAGCUGUGGACGUGUGGAAGUUUAGACACGAACCGUCCCUGACGGUUGGUAGCUUAUUUCAGUCGUUACUUUAGCUGUGGUGAGUAUGUGGAGGAUGGGGGGUUCGUAGCUGUAGGUCAGACUGCCUCCUGGGUAGUAGUGAGUGGGUCUCCGUAGAUGUGCUAGUCCCACAUCUGGUUUAGUUUCAUUUGAGUUCCAUAGCCUGCCCGGUGUCCAGUUCCUCAGUGUUCGGAAAGGUGUUGGGUCCGGGCGUGAGGCAGGCGGAGGGUCUCGUGAGGCGUUUCCGCCGUCUGCUGAAAGCGUUGCUUUUACAUCUGAAGUGAAUUUGAGGUACGUACACAACGGAAACGCUCACAGUAGAUGAGGUUGUCGGUUCAAUUAAAGUGUGCCUUUUUCAAGGUUCGGGCUUUGUUCGUAAACCCCUCGUAACAUUGAGAGUUCGGAUGACUUUUAGAACCUUUUAGAACAAUUUGAUUACUGCUGUCAUGUUACUGUUAUUCGUAUACAUGGUCAUUCCCAUCCUUACCAAAGGGCUAUCUUCUACCAUGAGGAAGAGAGAGUCUUGCAGCAUGGGUAGAUAUGCUGUAGGGAGGCACUUUGUAAUCAGGAUCUCAGCUCGACACAGAUCAACAGCUAUCACAGGACCAAAUCAUGGAUGAAACUAUGUCUUUUCACACGCCAAAUGAAUCAGUCAUGUACCAGAGAGCUGUUUUUCACCAACAUUUAUCCAUAUUAUUGAAUACACCUGAUCAGGACUUACUAGGAAUGCUAACAUGGCCAAACCUUGAUGAUGUAGCCAAUUUAUUUAAAUGUUUUUAAUCUUAUUUAUAUUGUGGGGGUUUACUGUUGGGUGCAGUUAGAGCUGCUGGAAGGCGGACCACCUGGUUCUUCUUCUCUGGUUGAAGAGUCGACAGGAAGCAGACGGUCUUCUUCUCUGAGAACAUUCUGGUAGCCCAGGGUUCACAACUUCCCCAGCUAGCGUUAGUUUCUCGUACCUCUGAGUGGCCUUACUGGUUAACGUAGGAAAUGUGUGUAUACGUUUUUUUUACCCUCCGAUGCGUGUGACGGGGUUGUUCGGUUUGCCCACACUAGAACGUGUCAGACUUAGGUUUUCAAACUGAUUCUCCUGUUUUUUGUUGUUGUUUUUUUUGCCAUUUUGUAUUUGGAGUUUUUGUCUUUGUAUCAAAGGAUUUGUUUUUAAAUCUCUUGUUUGUGUUGGUCCGUCCUAAUGUGAUUUUAUUCUUGUUUGUCGUUCUGUUUUUAGUUUUCAUAAUUUUUUUUUCUUUGUUUGAUUCCUUUUGUCGGCUCUUCUCUGGUGUACUGUUAAGAGACGGAUAAAUCGGCAUGUAUGACAGCGAACCAGUCGUCCAAAAUGGAAGAAAAUGUUUAAAACAAUGAUGUCUUCACAACUUUAACUGCUGUGUUGUUCACUUCGCAAGGAGACCACAACCCAAAUGAAAACACUGCUUCAUCCGAAAGGCUCCGUACCCACCUGAGAAUACAAAACAUACUCUCAGUCUUCUGCUGGUUGAUAGCAGGGUGGAGAAAUGGCUAUUUCGAAGAGGAUAUUACCACUUUUAAUGUUUAUGUUCCCUGUGCCAAGCUGUGCAAGUGUUCACUUUUAACAUUUUUUUGUUUAUCCUUUUGUUUAAUUUUGUUUCGUUUUUUACUCGUGAACCCUUGCACUAUUUCAAAAUCACUACAAUAGUUAGCACGUAUUGUAUAACAGUGAAAGUAACUGGAUUUUUAUUGUGAAGUUUUAUUUGUAUUUUUAUUUGUAAAUUGUAUUGAUCAUUAAAAUGUAACACACUCAAAAUCGUUUUGUAUAAAGUAUUGAAGAAAUAUCA